GGUUUUAAAUUGCCAAAGAGGUGGUUUGUGGCUUGCUGCCACACGAUUGUGUCUCUGGAUUGUUCUGAAAUAGUGCACAUUCUUAUAGAUUUACAAGUGUUACAUGUAUCAAGAGUCUCCUGACCAGCGCCGAGGUCAACUAGGACCUAUCUGGAUAAGACCUCUCCUAGCAGAUUAUGUCUGUACCUGAAGCGCCACUGGCCAACGCGACUUACAGCAGGAACCCUUGUGUGAAAUUUCAACUGGCUCUGCUGCCCUCCGUGUACGCCAUUGAGUUGUGCGUGGCAUUGGCCGGCAACUUGUUUGCUAUUUGGCUUUUACUGUCCAGAGAGAGAAAAAACUGGCACACAGGUGUUGUCCUCUCCUGCAACCUGGCCGUCAGUGACCUGCUCUAUGUCCUCACCCUGCCUCUCCUCAUAGACUACUACAGGCUGGACAAACACUGGAACUUCGGAAAUGUGUUUUGUAAAAUAGAAAGAUUCAUGUUUGCCUGCAACCUGUACGUGAGCAUCUUCUUCAUCAUGGGCAUCAGUGUGAACCGCUGUGUUGCUCUCGCCUACCCCUUUUUCACCCGGAGUCAAGUCACUCCGUCACGCGCCAAGGUUGCGAGUGCGAUCAUCUGGCUUGUGGUUGCAUCCUUUUCCUCCCCGGUGUUAAAAUUUGCCUCUACGUGUCCUGCCGGGGGAUCGAACAACACGAUUGAGUGCGUCGCCUACUGCGGUAGCGACCAUGGGGAUCAGCGCUCUCACUUCUAUUACGUUGUGUGGCUUGGCGUGCUCGGUUGCUUUGUUCCAUUCUUGGUGACUUUCGCGUCGUACUGUGUGGUUAUUUGGGUGGUCUGGAAAAACACAAACAUAUCUCGACUGGAUAAACAGAAGAUAGCCCUGAUGGUGAUAUCUGUCGUUGUGCUGUACGCGUUAUCAUUUGUGCCCUACCAUGUCUUUCAGAGCUACAAUCUCUAUCUGAAGAUAUUCUAUCCUGGUAGGAUUUACUGCUGGGUGUAUGAUGCGUACCAAGUGUCAAAAGUGCUGGCUGCUCUGAACAUGUGCCUGCAUCCUCUACUGUACAUGGCUGUGUUCGAUAGCAUUAGAGUCGUGUUCUGUGGGAAGAACCAAGAUGAGUGAACUAUCGAAUGAACUUUCUGACUGCACUGUGUGCGUGUGUGCGUGUGUGCGUGUGUGCGUGUGUGCGUGUGUGCGUGUGUGUGUGUGUGUGUGUGUUGAUCUGGGUGUGUGUACAUUUAAUUUCUUACUAUGUGAAUGUCGAAUGUAAAAAUGGUGUUGUUAAAACCCUUUUUUUUAUCACUGAACGGUAUAUGUUACAUAAUAAAAUGUUGUUGAGGAA